AUGGUGACCUCUGUCGCUCUCCUUGGAGACGACACCGCCCUUGAGCCGCAAUUUGAGCCGCUGUCUUCUGCCGCGCUGGUCACACACUGCUCCCAUGCGUCGCUUGACCGAGAGGAGAACGUGGCGCACAGCUGGGAAGCCGAUGUAGGACUGCUCUUCCUGCGCACCGGGAUCGACUCGAGCCUGGACUACCUGAAAGGGUUCCCCACCACGUUCGCACGACCGAUCUCCUCAGUUUCCUCGACCGACCAGCGUAGCUCCGGGCUUUCCAGCGAAGACAUAUCCUGCGACUCCACGACGGGACUGGCUUUGUCGGAUUCCGUAUGUAGGAGUCUUUCACCUCGGCGAUUUUCGCGAAGUCAGCCCUCAAACCUUUCCAACCUAGGGUCAUGUGUUUUGAAGUUGCCUGUGCCGAAGUACCGAUCGUAG